UCUCCACCUGCAAAACCUACUGUGUGGUAUAACAACAGUGCUGCCCCCUUCUUGCUGACUGGCUUCUUGGGCUCAGAGGCAGUUCACCACUGGAUCUCUAUUCCCUUCUUUGUCAUCUACUUCUCCAUCCUUUUUGGAAAUGGCACACUUCUUGUCCUCAUUUGGAAUGACCACAGCCUCCAUGAGCCCAUGUACUACUUCCUGGCUAUGCUGGCAGGCACGGACCUUGGGAUGACACUCACUAUGAUGCCCACAGUCCUGGGUGUCCUGCUGCUAGACCAGAGGGAGAUUGCCCAUGCUGCCUGUUUCAACCAGUCCUUCUUCAUUCAUUCACUGGCCAUUGUAGAAUCAGGUAUCUUCCUUGUUAUGGCCUAUGACCGUUUCACUGCCAUCCACACACCACUGAGGUAUAACUCCAUUCUUACCAAUUCCCGAGUGAUGAACAUAGGACUGGGGGUACUGAUGAGAGGUUUUAUGUCCAUUUUGCCCAUAAUUCUUUCACUCUACUGUUACCCAUAUUGUGGUUCCCGUGUCCUCUUGCACACAUUUUGCCUCCACCAAGAUGUCAUAAAACUCGCCUGUGAUGAUAUCACGUUUAAUCACAUAUAUCCAAUUAUUUUGACUUCUUUGACUGUCUUUUUAGAUGCUCUAAUCAUCAUCUUUUCUUAUAUACUAAUCCUCAAGACAGUGAUGGGCAUUGCAUCUGGACAAGAGCAAGCUAAAGCUCUCAACACUUGUGUCUCCCAUAUUAGCUGUGUCCUAGUAUUUCACAUCACUGUGAUGGGACUGUCAUUCAUUCACAGGUUUGGGAAACAUGCACCUCAUGUGGUCCCCAUUACCAUGAGCUAUGUCCAUUUUCUCUUUCCUCCAUUCAUGAAUCCUGUCAUUUAUAGCAUCAAGACCAAGCAGAUUCAAAGAAGCAUCGUUCACCUAUUUUCUGGGCAGAGUAGGGCUUGA